UGGAACUAUAAAAAAGACAUAUGUAUGUAAAUAAAUCUUCCAAAUUGAUUUAUUCUUAAUUAACUUCGAAACUAAAACUUCCUCCAGGACAGCGCGAGCGACAAUGAAAGAUGUAUGGUAAAUCAAUGAGGAUCUCACCAGCACGAAGUGUCCGUCGUUUACAGGCAUUUAGCUUCGGUAAAUGUCCUCGAAAUCAAAACAUUUUCGGAUAGUAUGCUCAAACUACUCGAAAAUAUUGACGGCAGGGACGAUUCAUUCAACAACCAUGAUGGGAACAGUGACUCUAUAAGCGGAAAUAAUCAGCAUAUCCCUAUUUCCAACCGCGACAGUAACGUGAAUCGCGAUAAUAAACAAAAUUAUGUCAAUGGACAAAACAACAACAAUGACGAGGACGUAGCAGCAGUAACCGUGACCAGUGCUCGAAACACGUUUUUCCGGCGGUCCCCACAGCCGACGUUAAAACGGAAGGCUGGAGAGACAUCCCCGGUCAAUGUUGCCUCCAGCCAGGAGUCCUCAACAGGUUCUGAGCCAUACAUAAACAACGACAUGAACUGCGAUUCUCCCGGGAGAAAUAUUAGUACGGUUUACAGAAGAGCCAUUUCUCCUCUAUUCAAGGAUGUCGACAACAAAUCCGCACCGACCUGUCCGUCCGACGGGUAUCUUGACAAUGCCGUCACACCGGACCAAAAUAAAACAUCGAAUUCACUCGAUCAUAAUGUGUCAUCGGAUUCCGCCUCAAAGAGUACGGAGUCAAAAAAAUCUCUUUCUCAUGUUGAGACACCAUCAGAAAAUAUUUUUGGUGACAAGACGCCAUCUUCCAAGGUCACUCCAAAGGUCACAGUGUCGUCUGCAAGCUCACCCAACAUGUGCAAUGAUAAGUUGUCUGUUGCGAAAUCUGAUAUUGAUAGGUCAUCAUCGUUCAAAGGUUUAGAAAGGGCUUCCGAUUCGGGUAGUCGGAGCAGUGCGGAAUUUACACGGGCUCAUUCACGGGAAAGGUCGUUUGAGAAGUCGCUAGAUAAUAUAAUGGACAGAUGUUCAGAAAAGUCCUUAGAUCUGAAUCUUAGCGUGGAAUGUAAAAAUGGGACACACAGUGAUAAAACGUCUGUGGAUGAUUCUAAUGUCAGUAAAAAGAGUGACAAGAAGAAGAAGACUGCUCCGUGGUAUACGCAGAUGUGGAGCCCUUCCUAUAAAUCAAGAACAGAUGAUUUCAAGAAAUUUUUCAAGGAUGUUCCAAGUGAUGACCGACUGAUUGUUGAUUAUUCCUGUGCCCUUCAGAAAGACAUCCUGGUCCACGGUAGAAUGUUCCUCACACAGAACUGGGUCUGUUUCUAUGCCAACAUCUUCCGCUGGGAAACUGUGCUGACCAUUCCAUGUAAGGAGAUAACGGCCGUUACUAAGGAAAAGACAGCGCGAGUGAUCCCUAAUGCUAUACAGAUAGCUACAGACAAGGAAAAACAUUUCUUCACCUCAUUUGGCGCUCGAGACAAAACCUACAUGAUGCUGUUCCGUGUGUGGCAGAACGCACUUCUAGAGCAGCCGAUGUCCCCCAAAGAACUUUGGCAAUGGGUCCACUAUAGUUACGGAGAGGAGCUUGGUUUGACGUCGAGUGAUGACGACUAUGUGGCGCCACCUGCAGGAAUCGAAGAGGCAGUGGAAGAGAACAGUAAGUGUGAAAACACUGACUCGUCCGAGGUUGUCCCUGUCGGUGAUAUAGUGGACGAAGACAUUGGUGAGGGAAAACCCCCAGAGGUACUGGACUUCACAAAGAUGGACAAAUCUCCUAACAUGGCGUCACUAGAUCUCCCGACAGAUCAGAGUGAUACAACGGACGAAAGCGAAGGAGAGGUGGUUUGUACGUCGGACCAUAACCACUUCUGUAAACAAAUGCUGUUUUCUGUGUACCAUAUCCAAGUGGAGAAGUUGUUUGAUCUUCUGUAUAACGACACUCCCUUCAUACAAAGUGUUCAUCAGUCUAAACGAAACAGUAACUUGGCUGUCUCUCCCUGGCAGGAUGACACCAAUGGAUCGGGAAACAGACAUCGGACUCUAAGCUACACAGUGGCACUUAAUUAUUCCAUCGGACCGAAGUCUUCACACACAUUUGAGAAACAAACACUGUAUAAGUUGUCUAAGCCCGGAUCCCUGUAUGUGGUCGACACAGAGUGUUCCAUGGCUGGCAUUCCCUAUGCAGAUGCGUUCGUGGUUGUCAACAGGUUCUGUAUAUCGCAUGUGACACGUCAUAAAUCUCGGCUACGCAUCACAACAGAGAUCCGAUACAAGAAAUCAGUCUGGGGACUUGCCAAGAGCAUGAUAGAAAAGAAUGGCUAUCAGGGAUCUGAAGACUUCUUCAAAACCCUGGACACGCACUUGAAGCGAGAGGUAGACAGUUUACAGGAGACCACUAAGGGAUCGCAGACGCAGUCGCUGAAACGGAAACUCCGCAAACGACGGACACGCACCAACACAGCUAACAUGGAAAACGCAACACUGAAGCCAAGCAAGCCCGGCAUGUCUCGACAUCUGUCUCUGAUGGAAAACAAAAGCAAGCAAUCACGUCAUACGCCACAGGCAGUUCCCCCAUCUCCUAUACGAUCUGUAUCACAAAACAGAGAAGAAAAAUUGAUGAAACUAAAUGCUGACACCUUAGUCAGAAUAAUCCUUGUUGUGCUCGUCUUAUUGGUGGUAUUUAAUGCCAUACUAUUUUACAAACUCUGGUCCUUGGAGGGUUUUGCUACCAUGUUGUACUCGCCUAACGCAUCGCCCAAUGUCGACCAAACAACUCCAAAAUCUCAGGACGAGUGGGUGGGUGUUCUGAAACAGCAGCAGUACCUGUACGAACGUGAAAUAGAUAAAUGGAAGGAAAUCCUGUCCUCAUCGAUUACGCUCAUUGAUCAGAUGAAAUUGACAUUAGUUGAAUUGCGGAACAGUUUAGAAAGCAGACUCUCUACAAAAGACAUGUAUAAGAUGCAUGAUACGUGAUAAUAACUCAACCUCUCAUCCCCGGACCCACAAUCACAUAUGGAUUCAUCCCUGAUAGUAGUGUGCAGAAGGUAAUUCUAUGUCAUUAAAGGGGUGACCAGAAUUACAAUUACCUGUGGAUGGAUGUUAUGUGCAAAACAUAAUCACCCCUACCAACAGAAAUGGACUGUUCCAAUGGAAGGGGGAUUCCACUACUGGUGAAGGGAGAUUAAGGAUGCGCUCCUUGUGAUUAUAAGGAUGGUGACAGAUUCUUCCACUUCAGAGAGAGGGUGGUUCUUCAGUUGUAAUAAAGGGCAUAGAUUGAUCCCUAUAGUACCAAUGGAGCAGGUCUGAUGCCAACCUUUUUCAGGUUGACUAUAGAGAGAAGUUGAGUCCAUUACCAGCCUAGGGUAGAAAGGUUCCUGUGAUGGGUUAUUUUCCUGUGAUAGUGUAGCUGUGUUAUAUUGUACUUCCUAGUAGGUUGUCAUAGGAAACAUGGCAUAAAGAUGACGUCAUCUGAAAUUUACAUCAAGUUGAUGUCUUCAAUACUGACAUCAUUAGAAGGGUGACAUCAGAGUCAUUAUCAAUGUUAUUAUGAGAUGACAUGUUAUUUGAUGAACACUUGUGAUUCAAGAUAAGAAUUUAUUUAAGAUUAUUAAGAUAUUUUGAUAUGAUGUCAUAACAUGCCAUGCCCACAAACAAGUUUAACAUCAUGUGAUCUGAUGAUGUCAUAUGAUCAGUAAGUGUCAUGCGAUCUGAUGACGUCUUGUGAUUUGAUGGUGGCAUAUGAUCAGUAAGUGUCAUGUGAUAUGAUGACGUCAUGUGAUUUGAUGGUGGCAUAUGAUCAGUGAAUGUCAUGGCCAUAUAAAGUCAUACAUUUGGAUGCUAUGUGAUCAAAUGUCUUAUAUUUAAUAUGAUGUCAUGUGAUUCAGAAUGUCGGAGAAUGUCAUAUGACAUGGCGAUGUCAUAUGACAUUAUUAUCUAGUGAUCAUUCCAAUAGAAGAAACGCUGCUAUAGAUAACACUAUAGUAGAUGGGCAUGGCCUGGAUCUUUGUUUGACUUAAGGCAUUUACUGCUUCGUAUUACUGAAACAAUGAUACUAGCCUGUCAGAGCUGUGGUAUUCAAAGUAUACAUGAAUAUUUAAUCUAGAAAUAUUUUUCAAACAUUGAAUUUUGUUACAAAAACUGCCUAAAAUGAUAAUCAGGAUAAUUCCCGGACCUCAAAAUACAUGAAAAUUAAUUGUAAAAUUUCGGAUACUUUUAAUCAUAUUUUGACGAGCUGUGUUAACCACAUACUAAGCUAAUAAAAGCCUUGUAAAAACUGAGCUUACGGGUCAAUCAUGAGGUUCUUUCAUUUCAAGCCCUUUUUAUGCAUUUAGCUACAAUGUAAAAAUUGUUCAUAAAACGUCGGGGAUGGUUGUAAAAAAAAAAGGGAAACAUAUUUUUGGCUUCGUCGCAUUCAUCCCAUUCAUAAAACAUGAUCUCCUGGGUUUAUAUCGCUGCUUACAGUUAGUACGUCCAAUACUUGUUGGUCAUUUUUACAUCAAUGUACAAUUUCGGUACGGUUACAUUACACAUAGUGAGUUAGUAGAAAUGAUCUUUAAGUGCCAUGUACCAUCUCGUCAUACCAUUGUGUUGUCUAUCAGAUUUUAUUUCUCACAAAGUCAGUUAAUUACCAGAUGUACCUUCACAAGGAUUUUGAUUGUCAAUUUAUUUUUUGUUAGAGAAUUUAUAUAGACAGAUUGUGAUAAUUGUACUUAAAUGGUUUUAUUUAGUAUUUGUGGUUUACCUAUAUACAUGUUAACUUUCACUUUGCCAAAUACUGUAUACAGUGUUAUUUUUGGUGUCUGUUAUUUUCACUAUACAGUGAUGGCAAACUUGUUCUUGUAAAGUAGUUCCACAUACUCCAUAAUCUCGAACUACAAACUCAAAACUGUUAAAUUUGUUUGUGAAACAAGAAAAUAAUUUUUCAUGAAAUUAUGUUGGUUAAUUUGUAAACAAUUCAAGUUUGACACUCUCAAAUUGUCCUCAGGUGAAAUUCAUGCAAACAACAUUUUUCGGUUUUGAGUCAGUUGAUAAUUUGGACUUGUUAAGUUUUCUUUCUUUUCAUUUUUGGGAGAAUUUCACUUUUGAAUAUUUUUAUAUGAAAUUCAUGUAAAGAAAACUUUGGUACUGAUAUUCACUUGAAAUAAUAUGUGAACUGCCAUUUUCUAAAUGAAAUUCACAUGAAUUUCGUGUGUGAAUUUCACAGUGUGAUGUUGUUGGGAAUAUAUAGUUCUCAUGAAUUUUAAAAGAUGACUUUUUGGCAAUAAAGAACAAUUACGGGAAGAUUUAAAUGUAAAAUGAUAACUUAUGUUCUAUCGUUAAUCUCAAAAAGCUUACUUAAUUCUUCACUCUUAAUGUUUAUAUAUGUACACUGUGUCUACUUAAAUCAUAGAAUAUGUGAUUGUAACACAUUGCAUUAGAUGAAGUAAAUAAAACAAGCAUUUUGACAAGGUCAUACAAAUGUUUAUCAUAAUAACUUGCAUUCUGUUUUUAACCUCAAAAAAAUUACUUAAUUUUACUGUCUAUGUUUUCAUAGGUACCUAGCUACUUAAAAACAGAAAGACAGAAUAUAAGGGAGAUAACUGGUUAAGUAUUGACAAAAUGCAUAUAUAUAUAUAUGUCAGUUUUUUUGCGUUUAGCUAUAUAUACUAGUGCUUACAAUUUAAUGACUCAAAAACUUCUUUUAAUAUAUAUGUUUUCAUAAAGAUGCAUCCUUGCAGAUUUUCCACAUUUUCAUGAUUAUAAUAAUAUUAUAUUCUUACAUAUUUAAAAUGAUCAAAUAUAAGAGGGAGAGUACAAUUGAUAUAAAUCCAAUUUCUUGCGUUUAGUAUCAUAAUCCUACCUUGAUGAGUAUUAAGCUGUACCAUGGCCAUAUUGUUUCUAUGUGGGGACACAGAAGGUUAUUUAUAGUAGACAGUGUAUAUUGUAUACCUGCAUAACCAGAUAGAAAUUAUUUGACAGAAAUUUUAACUUUGCUGAAGGCUCCGGCUAAGUAUAAAAAUAGUGUAAUAAGUUUUCAGAUACUUUCGUUUUUGUUUUUUUCAAUUAACGUUAUAUACACUUCUUUUAUACUUGGAAAAUAACUUUUUAUAAUAAUAACAGUUUCUAUAUUUACAAAAAUAUAGCCAAAAGUCAGCAAGCAUACAUGUUUAAAAUAAGUAUGAUACUUGUGUUGUCAACAAAUGGUUUAAUUUUACAUCCAAUUUUAAGUCACAGAACGAUAAAAGGUAAAUUGAGUUACAACAAAUAUUUGAAAUGUUUGUUAUAUACAUGUAUAUUAAGAUAUAUAUAUAUGGGCAUUUAAACAUGAUCCUUAGAAUAUAAACAGAUUAAAGACCUUAGUGGUGUUUUCUGAUUUGAAACUUAGCUAAUUGCUAUAAAUUAAACCAGAAAUGUUUGCCUGUCUUUGGUUUAUGAUUUAUCAGUAAUAUAAAAGGAUACUUGUCAUAAUAAUCAGGGGUCGACACUAACACUAGUCCGCUAGUCCUGGAGUUUGGACUAGUAGAGUUCAGCAAGGACUAGUGAA